UUGUAAAUUAUAGAUGUGCAAAAUCUUGGGUAGUUUACAAAAAUGAAACCACAUUACUUGCUGCGUAGUUUCUUCAGAUUCUAAUAUUUACGUUAAAAAGUGUUUGUUAACGCCUAUUUGGCAUGCUUUUUUAGCAGGUGGCCCAAUCUUAGUUUUAUUGGUAUCAAACAAGGGUGAAGCCAAAGAUUCUCCUAGAUCAGGGACAGCUUAUGUGGUGCUUUACCAGCUUCAACUACACAAGCUCAAUAUAGGGUAACCCUCUCUAACUUUGCGGUGAUCCUACAUAGACUUUCGUAAAGCUGUUAUGGUGUUAUAAUCAAAUCAGUCUAAAAAUUCCAAACCUGUCUGUUUUUCUUGUCACAACCAGAGCUUAGAGGAAAAAGUCUGAAUCCUGUUUGCAGAUUAUGAAUUUCGCGAUCCAGUCCAUGAACCGCAUCUACUUGCGUCUGAGUUAUAAAUCCUAAAAUGAGGUUUCCAAUCCUAAACCGCUUUCUAGCCCUAAUUUUCAAUUCGUUUUACAGCUGCAAUAAUGCGUUUCAGUCAUAGCCUAAUUAGUGUUAUAAAGAAGUGUUUAAACUCGGUACUCAGUCGGAGGUUCAAACCGCUAAGUGAACACCAGUUUCCUUAUGGUUAUAGAAAUGCCGUGCCGAUGAGUUCUGACAAACACGCAACCUAAGUCUGGGGCUUCCUUACGAUUGACUGGUGCUAUCUAACGCCAACAUACAAUGUACAACUGUCGUAUCACCUAGGUUAGUCGCCACAUCGUGAACUUAGAAUUAGGUUAGUGCUCUACAGCUAUAUCAGUUAUCGACUGGUGACCAUUUUGUAUGGAAUUUUACAUUAUCUCGCCUUUAGUUAAAAGAACGAUUGGCUUAAUAAUAAUUCACAUAUGGUUUCAUUAAAGGCUUGAAAUAAAGUGUGGUUGGUACUACAAGGCGAGACGGUAUAGGCUAUUGAGAGUUUAAAGCAGUUUCUAAAACCGCUUCACUUCACGCCUGAGCAUUAACAUCUGGUAUAGUUAGGUGUUUAGUAGUUCACUUUCUAGAAUGUCUUUCGACUCAGUUUUCUGGAGAAGUGAUGUAAAGCUCCAGCAACCUUUUUAUGUAUACUACUCGGGGGAGAAACACGUACCAUUAAUUUUUGUGACUACAGCCUAAAUAAAAAAAGAACGGUAUAAAUUUGCAACUAGUCAAUUCGGUACGGUUUUAUAGAUUAAACUAUAAAACGAACAUGUGUGGAAGUUACUACUGUCUAGUUGUUCUAGCGAAAACAGGUGGAGCGGCACUUGAACGCCGCAUUAAUUGUUUAAAGUUUGACGGCCUAAAUAAACAAAUCGCAUCGUUGUGAGAGGUUGGAAGGCGAUAUGAUUGUUUCUACGUAUUCGUCUCUCAUAAGGUGAAUUUUUUCGGAGUAUUGAUUUAAAGUGUGACAGGUUGAGCUGUUGCGCGUCGGUGAUAAGUCCUGUGCUGUAAAUAUCCGCAUGAUCUUUUAUGUAUUGAGUUGAAUACGGUUGACAUUUAUUGUAACAACCUUGCAACAACCUCUCAUUCCCUUGCUUUCAGUACUCGGUGGAGUUAUACUACAGAAGCCUCUUAUGAAAGUGAUACAACCGGAAGUACCUGUAGAAGCAUAUGCCGAAUUUUAGAGCCAAAUGGUUUGUGUAUUCCAGCCAAACAAGGUAACCACAGCAACUAGCAUUAUUCUCAAGUACCACAAAUAUUUUUCGAAAACUUACUAUAAUUUAACAAAGCAAAAUAACUUUCAUCAAUUUUAUAGUGUGGUGUUUUCAGAACGUUUUAUUUCGUUGCAAAGUCACUUUACUACCUGUUAGUUGUUGUAGAGGUAACUAAAUCAUACAGUCUGAUGUCUGUAAGUUUCCUGGACUAAUUAAUCCGUCUACUGAUCAAAGAUUUUAGUCAGAGGGACACUAUAAAAACACACUUUUACACUUGGGGACCAUGUUGAAUGGUAGGUAUAAAUAAGCUAAGAAGUAUCAUAUAUACGCAUAGAGGUAUGGCUCGGUGGUUUAGGGAGAUGACUAUCAACCGUUGGGACACUGGUUCGAGCCCUGCCUCACCUACUGAAGUUUCGGUAGCGGGUAGUAUCACUAGCCCUCACACAAUAGAUGAUGUGGCUCAUUACCUGCUGCAUGGAUGUCCACAAGGUGACUGAGUGCGUUUCAUUUGUAUGUUUACGUAUCAGGUUAUAUUAACACAUAUUCUUACGGGUCCGAGCGGAAGUCUGUGAAAUAAAAAUACUGAAAACCAUGAAAAACUGGAACGGAACGAAACGAACGAAGACAAGAAUAGUGCAGUCAUACGGUAAUAAUAUUUCUGAAAUUCGCUUGGAGACAACUCGAGUGUCUCUGUAUCACUGCUACCAAUUUCGAUCCGUCACCUGAAUUCCGCAAGCAUCUAUUUUUUUUGUCUUUCUUCUGCUCUGUCGUAGUGGUCGGGCUUGCAUGUCACAGUGGCCAAACGCACUUUGUUAGCUAGAAAGAUUGUUUCUUGUUGCUAUAUAAUGCUAGAAAUGCCUACUGGGCAGUGGUAAGACAAGUAGUUACCAUUACAGUAUGAAUAGCUUAUGCUAUAGUGGGGGUCCAAGGGCGAAUUCGUACUGCUGGUUGGACGGGAGCGUGACAUCACUUAGGUAUUUCCUGUGGAUGACCAGAAGUUCAUGCUGAUGGGGAAGUGGUUUAGAAAAGAUCGGCCCCAAAAGUACUACAUUCCUUCCUGUCAUACAGUCUUCCGGCGCCAGUAAUAUGAGUUUCCUAGCUUGAUUGAAACCAAAGAAACUUAAACCCCAAACUUUUAAAAAGACUAUAUAUAAACGUUUCAAGCAGAUGCCCAGUCUUAUGGCGAUGUCUGUCACUGAAAGGCGUGCCUAGUAAGCACAUCACCUUAUUGAAAGCUCUCUACUCGAACACUUGUGGGCAUGUUAGAACCUAUGGUGAGUUGUCCAGGGAGCUCUGCUCAUCUAAUGGUGUCCGUCAAGGAUGCCCACUAUCUCCAUCCUUAUACAAUUUCGUCACAGAUAUCCUUAUGGAGGUCUCCCUCUCGUCGCCAGGUUACACAGACGUUGACCUAAUCACAGGUGAAUUUUCGUUAGACCUAGAAUAUACAGAUGGCAUAGUCCUGUUAGGUGAAGACGCUAACAAGACGCAUAGUCUUCUGGACACUGAGUGUCAAUUUGGGAAAGUUUGGGAUGCGGUUUUCACCACCCGAAUGCAAAUUGUCGCUCCAGAAUUAGUCUUCAACGGUGCCGCGGCUAAGAAUAGAGAGUGAAGUGGUUGAGUGUGUUAACCACUUCACUUACCUGGGAAGUAGGAUCAGCCCUGAUGGUUCAGUGGCUGAUGAGAUCUCUGCACGAAUACAAAAGGCUCGAUUGGCUUUCGCUAAUUUGCGCCACCUAUGGCGCCGCUGUGAUAUCCGUUGUCUACCAGGGGUCGCGUAUACUGCACAGCAGUCCGUUCUGUUCUACUGUAUGGCUGUGAAACGUGAACAUUGAAGGUGGAAGACAUGAGAAGGCUUCAAGUGCUUGACCACCGUUGCCUUUGUAGUAUAUGCUGCAUUGCGUGAUGUCACCACGUGAGUAAUGCGGAAGUCAGGAGUAGAGUUUUAGAGAGAAGAGGUAAGUCAGUUGACGAGGUUAUGAACCUUUAUCGACUGAGAUAGCUGGUUGGGACACGUACUACGUAUGCCUAGUCGCCAUCUGCCUUGUCACACAAUGUUGGCCGAAGUAGGUUCAGGCUGGAAACAUGCCCGAGGUGGCCAGACUAAAACAUGGCAUCAAUGUAUGAAGUCUCUGACUGUUCGUUUGAGCCAUAUCAGACGAUGCAAACUAGUCGGUUGGGGUCCACUGGAGGAGAGAAACCAGUGGUUGGAGACUCUAGAUGAUAUGGCUCAGAACCGAUGUGAGUGGCGCAGAUGUAUACAUACAUUAUCCUCAUCUUAACGCUAUAUCGAAUCUCACCACUUUCUCAUUCUUCGUUUUUCUCUCUUAGUACUUUAUAUUCUUUUGACUGAAUUUUCUUAUCUUCAUCCUGGACUUCACUGUCUUUUUACUUCAUGUGCUGGUAUGAGGUGUAGCAACUCGGACCGUUACGCAGUAAUGCCUGGUCCUAUGUUGAUGUUGACUUAUUGAUUGGUUGAGAUGCCUAUUUGGUUCUGUAGUGGUGUACUACUACUGCUCAUUCAUUUUCUUUCGAGUUCCAUAUAGAAGCAACUGCUUGCAGGAUUCCAAAAGUAUAUAUAACCCAACUAAUCAUAACCUGCAUUCAUUCCUUUUUUGGCUUCCUUGGCCUUGCAUUUUUGAUACCAACUGCUAUAGUUCUCUCUACCUUUCAUCCUGUGACCACCGCUGAUGAUGCAAGCGAGGCAAACACCAUCCACAGUUCUAAAACCACGCUUUUAAUUCUACAUUACAGCUUUCAAUGUCCAAGCAACAGCAACAAACAAUGUCCAAUUAACAUCCGUCCAAGUGCAUGGCUAUGGUGAGUCUCCUAGCUUGGUAAUCACCUUAACAAAGAAUGGACGGAAUUCGAUCAUCACUUAGGACUAGACAGCAUGAAGUUGGUAAUGCUUCAAUAACCAAUUAGUGUAACUAAUCCUGUUCUAAAAUAGGUCGACUGCUGCCCGAAAAACUCAGUGGUAGAGUAUCAUUGCAUCACCAGACUAAGUGGGUUCGAGUCCCUCCGAAAUCACCAGUUCCAUCAAGCUUUCAGACACACCUACCUGACGAGUGCUAACAAGCACAAAACCUAGUCCCCGGCCUUCCUGCUGGUUGCCUCCAUCCAACUGACUUUACGAGUUUCCGAAGAUUUACUAGCUAGCCCUCAUGAACUCUCUGGUACAGAUUUAGCAAGAAGCGCACUUCCCGACUGAAUACCUGUAAACAGCUAUUUGUGUCCUGUUCGACUGGAUGGAUCUAUAAGAACUAGGAAGAGUCGUGAGACUUAACUUUGCCGAUUCAUAACCUCCGCCUACACCCCCACCGACUGCAGUUCGGAUGAUGAAAAUGAAUUCUAUGAGAAACUGUCAAUUUUCCUACAAAAAACAAAUAAUGGGAGAUGAAUUUAACGCUCAAGCGGGGAAGCUGAGGCACUUGGAAAGACAGCUUGAGGGUUUUUACGGAAUCCUAUGCCAGCGAACCACUAACGAUGAUCGUCUGUUACAAUUUUGUUGCGAACCACGUUCUGCUCGAAAUUUCUGCUUUCUCUUACCUGGUAUAACUCCGAAAUCGUGGUCGAGAAUGGAGUUAGCACUAGCCUUCAUUUCUAACCACAUUCCUAGCCAGUGUUCCCUUCACUAA